AUGAAGGGCGAUAAACGUAAUCUUGCCGAUCUUCUCAAGAACGGUGGAGACUCGGGCGUCCCAGAUUACAUUGGAGCUUUUCCGCUUACUGUUGAAAAGCACGUUUGCGCUCUCGAAAAAGUGCGGCUCGAUGGCAUUGAACGACGGAAGAUAGUUGGUGGAGAGAACAAGCCGAAAGAUGACGAGGCUCAGCUUCCUAUAAUCCACGAACUAAAGGAGAAUGAAGUUUGGUCAGUUUGACUCAGUUCAUCAAUUGUAAAG